CAGAUAUAAUGCAUUUGUACGUGGUUGGUACUUUCUUACCUUACGCAAUGUGGAUCUUGGCAUUAUCGCUAAUUCUGGUCACCACAGUUUAUGGGGGCGAUGAGCUACAGUUUUGCCCUCCAAAUCUUCAGCAAUCUACACAUCUGAAGACUUACAGUGGACAUUGUUACGAGUUCAUGAUCCACCGGCACGUGGAAUGGACCGUGGCAGAAAAUGACUGCAGUUCCAAAGGAGGAACUCUGGCUGUCAUCAAUAAUAUAGAAGAGCAAUUCUUCAUCAUGUCUUCAUUGAGAUCCUUUCCAUUCCACGGUCAGGGAGUUUGGAUUGGAUUAACCGAUGCACAACAGGAAGGGAAAUUUACAUGGAUUAAUGGCGAGGCGUCGACUUUCACAUACUGGGCAGCGGGACAGCCCGGAGUGGUGGACUUACCCAGUAUCGGUAGAAAACGUCUGAUUUUGGACACCCUGACAGGAGGAGGCCUUCAUCUUCCACAUCUUAUAGAGGAGGACUGCGUCCUGUUGAAGUACUCGGACUCCGGUCACUGGCACGACUAUCCCUGUGUUAAGUUGGAUCCUCUAGGCCUUGUGCAUGAGAACUAUCCAUACGUUUGCGAAUACAACCAAACUCCCGUUCCAACGACCACCACAUUAGGGACACCCAUGAGGCCAUCAACACCGAUACCUACGAGCACCACCACAUUAGGUGGACCUAUUUCUGUUACCACCGCACCAACCACGACUCCAGAACCCGACAUAGCCGGUACCACAACAGCAGGCGCUAUCGUUGGCUCCGUGGGAGAGCUCGUAAUAGGCAAAAAAGAUGUUAAAUUGUGAUAAGCAUGUUUUAAAUAAAAUUAUGGAUUUCUC